UUUCCGGACGCCCAGUCUGCACGGCUGCCGCCGAAUUUAAAGAGACAGGGGUUCAUUAGUAAUUUUUAAUAAUUUUAAACCAUUGUCUAAGACCUACUUCCCACUGACUUUGGGUCUGGGGAAAAAACAGUAACGUGGGAGGAGCUACGUAGUAGCUAACCGAGGAAUGGCGUUUUGAACAAAGUGGUCCCGAUAGAACUCAAAUCGCCGUCGCCUCGGCCCUAGCUGGCUAGCUAACGGCAGCCGUAGCUUUCUUUCAGCUCGCUGGCGAGGGAGAGCUAACUGGCUAAUCCGGAGCCGAGCGGGAGGAGCAGGGGGGGGCUGAAGAGACAAUGGCGAAAAUACAGACGCACGGCACCAUGAAGCAGAUGAGCCAAGUGCAGGACAAGGCGUACGUGGUGCAGAAACAGGUCCAGCAGCAGCACUUCCAGAAGCUGAAGGUAGAAGAUGCCUUAUCUUACCUUGACCAGGUGAAAAUACGAUUUGGGAAUGAUCCAGGGAUAUACAACAAAUUUUUGGACAUCAUGAAGGAAUUCAAAUCACAAAGCAUUGAUACACCGGGGGUAAUAAAUCGCGUGUCCCAGCUCUUCCACGGUCACCCUGACCUCGUAUUGGGUUUCAAUGCCUUUCUACCCCCAGGGUACCGGAUAGAGGUCCCCAAAAAUGGGGUGGUGUCCCUCCAGUCGCCCCUCUCCGGCCAGGCUUCCCCGGGCCCAGGGAGGGCAGUGGCGGUCGGUGUGGCCGGGGGGGUCUCGGCGUCUUCCCCUGCCGAGGACGGCUGCGCUCACGGAGAAGCCGCCGCCUCUCUUUACGCCAGCCCCUCGGCCUCCAGCCCUCCGGACCCCCCUAGCCGGCUCUCCUUGACCCUGCCCGCCCGGGAGGGCCAGUCCCAUCCUCCGUCUUCCUCCUCGUCCUCCCCGCCAGGCUCUGAGCCCAGCCCGGUGGAGUUUGACAGCGCCAUUAGUUACGUGAACAAGAUCAAAAACCGUUUCCUGGACCAUCCAGAAAUCUACAGAUCCUUCUUGGAGAUACUACACACCUACCAAAAAGAGCAGCUAGAAGUGAAGGAGGCGCGGGGCCGUGGUGGUAUGACAGAGGACGAGGUCUUCUCCAAGGUGGCCAGCCUCUUCAAGGGACAGGAAGACCUGCUGGCAGAGUUCGGACAGUUCUUACCAGAUGCCAAGAGAUCACUAUUCACUGGCAGCUCACUAACAGGCAAGGACCACUUGAAGAAGAUGGAGGAUGAGGAGUUAUCCAAGCAGAGCAAGAAGAGGUCCAGACCCAUGUUGUUGUCCCACAUGACUCCGCUACUAAAGGUCAUGAGUCCUUGUUUGUAUCCAUCAUCUCUGCUGCUUUCGGCUGUUUGGUGCCCUUUUCCUCCAUGUUCAGUAGAUGGCAAACUCUCACCUACAUCCAGGAAAAAGAUGAAGUUGUCUUGUUCUAAGGACCAAUCAUUUGCUGCUGUUGGAAAGCAUGGAGUUCUGCGGGAAUUCACGUUCUUUGACAAGGUCCGGCGCUUGUUCAAGAGCCAGGAGGUAUAUGAGAAUUUCCUGCGCUGCAUUGCACUGUUCAAUCAGGAGGUGGUAUCAGGGGCAGAGCUUCUACAGCUGGUCACGCCAUUUUUGGGGAAGUUCCCGGAGCUCUACACUCAGUUCAAGUCAUUCCUGGGAGAGAAGGAGCUGUCUCACUCGCUGUCGGGGCUCUCGGACCGCUACAUGGAAAGCGGCGGCAGGGAGAUUGACUAUGCCUCCUGCAAGCGUCUGGGCUCCAGCUACAGAGCCCUGCCCAAGACUUACCAGCAGCCGAAGUGCAGCGGACGCACGGCCAUCUGCAAGGAGGUGCUGAACGACACGUGGGUGUCCUUCCCGUCGUGGUCAGAGGACUCUACCUUCGUCAGCUCCAAGAAGACGCCGUACGAGGAGCAGCUCCAUCGCUGUGAAGACGAGCGAUUCGAGUUGGACGUGGUCCUGGAGACCAACCUGGCCACCAUCCGGGUCCUGGAGAGUGUGCAAAAAAAGCUGUCGCGCCUGUCCCCCGAGGACCAGGACCGCUUCCGCCUUGACGAUUGUCUGGGCGGCACUUCUGAGGUCAUCCAACGGCGCGCCAUCUAUCGCAUCUACGGGGACAAGGCGCCCGAGGUCAUCGAGGGCCUGAAGAGGAGCCCCCUCACCGCUGUGCCCGUGGUGCUCAAGAGGCUGAAGGCGAAGGAAGAAGAAUGGCGGGAGGCCCAGCAGGGUUUCAACAAAAUCUGGCGCGAGCAGUACGAGAAGGCCUACCUCAAAUCUCUCGACCACCAGGGUGUCAACUUCAAGCAGAAUGAUAUCAAGGCCUUGCGGUCCAAGAGCCUGCUCAACGAGAUCGAGAGUGUCUACGAUGAGCGGCAGGAGCAAAGCACAGAGGAAGGAGGAGGCGGACAGCAGCAGGGGAGGGACAGGGGCGGCGGCAGCACCAGCAGCGAGCCUCACAUGAUCUUCGUGUACGAGGACAAGCAGAUCCUAGAGGACGCCGCCUCCCUGAUCAUCUACCACGUCAAGCGGCAGCCCACCAUCCACAAGGACGACAAGGACCACAUCAAACGCAUCAUGCAGCACUUUGUGCCCGACCUCUUCUUCGCCCGCCGUGGUGAGCUGAGCGAGACGGAAGAGUGGACGGAUGAGGAGGCGGACACCGAGGAGGGUGGGGGUGUAGCCCCGGGAGGGGCGGGCACUGGGGCCGGACCCCAGCUCAAUGGGGACUCUCGGAGGCGACGUUGCACCUCGCCGCAUGGCGCCGAGCCUGGUCCAGCCGCCCCGACUGCCAGUAGCGGCGAGAAGCUGGACCUGUGUGAUCCGGAGGCGGAGCACCAGAAAGAGCUAGACGACGUCUACAACCUGUUCUUUGUCAACAACAACUGGUACUUCUUCCUGCGGCUGCACCAGACCCUGUGCUCGCGGCUGCUCCGCGUGUACCGGCAGGCCGAGCGACAGCUGCUGGAGCGCCGCGCCGAGAAGGAGCGUGAGAGGCUGCUGCUGGCCGAUGGCCGGCGGGACAAGGCCACCGACCUUGCCAUGGAGCUACGCCUCAAACAGCCUAGUGAGGUGGAGCUUGAGGAAUACUACCCCGCCUUCCUGGACAUGGUGCGCAGCCUGCUGGACGGUAACCUGGACUCGACGCAGUACGAGGACACGCUGCGUGAGAUGUUCACCAUCCAUGCCUACAUCGGCUUCACCAUUGACAAGCUCAUCCAGAACACCAUCAGACAGCUGCAGCACCUCGUCAGCGACGAGGUUUGCCUGCAGGUAGUGGAGCUUUACCUUGCUGAGCGUAAGAGGGGUGCCGCUGGGGGCAACCUGUCCUCGCAGUGCGUGCGGGCUGCAUGGGAGACCAGCUACCAGUGGAAGGCCGAGCGGGUCAUGGCUGAUGAAAACUGCUUCAAGGUUAUGUUCAUUCAAAGCAAAGGUCAGGUGACCUUGACGAUUGAGCUUCUGGACACGGAGGAGGCCCAGGGAGACGACCCGCUGGAUGUGCAGUACCUGUCCAAUUACAUGGAGCAGUUUGUCGGGUCCGAGUCGGUGUGCUCUCAGAUGGAAGGAUACUGCUUCAAACCGGUCUUCCUGCCCAGGAACCUGCGCCGCUUCCGGCGCUGGCAGCUGCGGCAGAUGGAGGCCAUGCGCUCUCGCCGCGAGUGGCGCCGCCAGCUGGGCGUGGAGAGUGCCGGCAGCUUGGAUUGCCGCUUUAAGCUGCACACGCACAAGAUGGUGUUCGUCAUGAACUCGGAGGACUACAUGUACCGGCGCGGUGCCCUCGUCAAAGCUCGCAAGUUGCAGCACAGCGUGGCUCGUUCCCAACAUGGCAGGUUUGACAGGUGGCACCAGGGCUGGCUGUCGGAGCACGUGACACCGGCGGCGGAGCGCGCUGUCGCCGACUGGCUCAUGGGCGACGACGAGGAGGACAUGAUCCCCUGUAAGACCAGCUGUGUCACCCGCCAGGUCAAUGGUUUACCCGUCAACCGGUACCAGGUGUGCUACAGCAGCAAGCCUCCUGCCUCCCCUUAACCCUCCCCCACGUGCUAUGAGGGUGGUGGUGGUGGG